CAUUUAAGACGCUUUCAAGGUGCACUGUACAUCCCAGACCAGCUCUUACUCGUGGAGGAAAUCUGAUCUGCUACAGCACGGAAACAUCAGUGGUCACCACAGCAAGACAAAUUCCUUAGGGAGCUGCCUGUUUUUAAGACAAGUGUUCAUGAUAUGAUCCAGCUGGUUUAUAGAGAUCAACAACUCCCUUGUGAAUAAUGGUUAAAAACGAAUCCCACCUGGAUGCUGAAACUCUGGCAAUGCUCCAGAACAAAGCUAUCUCCAUCACCCUCCCAGUUGUAUAUACACUGGUGGCUAUGAUCAGUAUCCCAGGCAAUUUGUUCUCCCUUUGGGUGCUCUGCUGGCACAUCAAACCCAAAACACCUUCUGUUAUCUUCAUGAUCAACCUAAGCAUCACGGAUCUCAUGCUGUCCAGCUGCUUUCCCUUCCAGAUUUCUUAUCACAUUCAGAGCAAUCACUGGAGCUUUGGCAAGACUCUUUGCAGCCUUGUGACUGUGAUGUUCUACGCCAACAUGUAUUCUUCCAUACUGACCAUGACCUGUAUCAGCAUCGAGCGGUACAUGGGUGUAGUAUAUCCCAUGAAGUUGAUCAAGUGGAGAAGAAAAAGAUAUGCCUUGGCUGCCUGCCUAGGUAUGUGGAUUUUGUUGCUACUAGCCUUCUACCCACUAGAAAGCACAGAUCUGACCUAUGAAGUGAAAGAAUUGGGAAUUAUAACCUGUUUUGACGUCCUCAAAUGGGAUAUGCUACCCAACUUUGCAGCCUGGGUAGCCUUUCUCCUCACACUAUUUGUCGUGCUCUUCCUGAUCCCUUUUGUUGUAACAGUUGGAUGCUAUAUUGGCACCAUUCGGAAGCUUAUUCAGACAUCGAACAGAUAUGGUAACAGGCAGAAGACUAGAUCCAUAUACCUGGCGAUUAUAGUCCUUCUGGUAUUCAUCACUUGCUUUGCCCCCAAUAACUUUAUCCUACUUGUGCAUAUGAUCAUCCGCCUAUUUUAUGGCAGGAGUUUAUACCCUGCCUACAAGCUCACCUUGUGCCUCAGCUGCUUCAACAACUGCAUAGAUCCCUUCAUUUAUUAUUUUGCAUCCAAAGAAUUUUACCAGAAAUUCAUGCAAGUAUUUCGCCCUAAGGUACUGCUCAGCGACAGUUUGGAAAACAGAAGGGAAAGCUUAUUCUCUGGCAGGACGAUGUCAGCCAGGUCAAUGUCAAGCGGACCUAUGGAUGGGUUAGAAGGAGUAAAGGUCUAUUUGCAAAGACAGGAAAGUGUUUUCUAGCCUUAGACAUGCUCAGAAGAAAGGCACAUGUGAGAUCCAUGAAUAGGCAAAGAAAACAUCCUCAAAAUACCUUGCUCCAGUGACAGAAGUCAAGCCAUACUUACAUUGUGCAUCGUACUUCAGU